CAUUUAAGAGUAUAAUUGAUAGUGGUCACACGCUGACACUGCACUGGUGUUGAAUGAAACCGCGUUAAGAAAAGUAAAUUUGAUCAAAGAAAAAAGUGUGUUCAUCAUAUGGACAAGGAGAGGCGAGCCUAUGAGGCGCUAUUACAGACAGUAAAUACGCGACUGCGCAGCGCUCGACCAGCGGACCAAGUGCAUCAUGAGCGCCAGCUGCAAUUUCUGCGCGACAUCGACAGCCAGACGCCCACGCCGCCAUAUGGCAUUCAACGAGCAGCGCAGCUGACGCAGCUGUUAACGGAAGUCGCCGGGGAAGGGCAGAAGAGUGCUAAUGCCGAUGGUGAGUCAUUGCAGCUGCUUAACCUGUGGCUGCAGUGGUUGCAUGAGCUACUCCACAGUCGCCGGCAGCUGUUGGGCGAUGAGACGCAAUCGCUGCGUGACUGGCUGCUGCAGCGGCUGACACAACAAAACACCAACGACGUGGAGACGUUGCGUUGUCUACUGCCACUGCUGGAUGCGCUGCCAGUGGGCGUAGCGCGUGCUCAGCUGCCACAAUUGGCUGCCAUACCGCUGCCCAGCAGCAUGGAGGCAGCGUUGCUGCUGCUGCUCUGCCAGGAUGCCAUGCUGGGCGCAUUAACGGAACUGCAGCCGGCGGAGUUGCAGCUGUGCAGUCAGCUGGCCAGCACACUGCUGCAUGCACACUACGCAGGCAGCUGGCUGCUGCAGGCGAGCCAAUUGUCAACUGCCGGACUGCAGGAGCAACAGACGCUACUCGUGGCCCAUUCGCUGCUGGUGCUGCAGAAGAUUGCCGCACUGCAUGCGGAGUAUGCGCAGCAGCAGGCACCGGAGCUGCUGGGUCUGGCACUGAGCUACAUGCGUCGCUUGGAUACGUCAGCGACAUUGCAGCUGCCACAUCGUGUGCAGCCGGCGCAGCAAUCGUUGGCUGCCUAUGGCCAGGAUGCGGACGAGUUGCAGGCGGCGAGCAGUCAGAGCAACGCUGCUGCCGGACGGCGUGUGAAGUCGCGCAAGAUGCGCUCGCUGGCCAAGCAGCGAACGGAACCAGUGCAACCCACCACGAGCGGAGCGCAGGAGGAGCGACUGCAGCAGUUGCUGCUGCAGGGCUCAACAGCGGCCAGCAAUGGUGACUCCAAUUCCAAUUCAGAUAACGCUGCCGGCGCGCAGUCGGCGGGCGUGAAGCAGCAGCGUCAGUGCCAGGUGAAGCUGCGCUUGGCGGCGCUCCAGCUGCUGGGUGCGGUGACCAAACAGCUGCCACGACGUCUGCUCUAUGGAUAUUGGCAUGCGUUGUUUCCCAGCAACAGCGCCGGCGAUGCGGAUCAUCUGCUGCAGCUGGGCGCCAACGAUGGCAAUGUGCGUUGUCGUGCCUUGGCCCUGCAGCUGGCCGCGCAGCUUUACUACGGCUCCAAGCCGUUCCUCAGCCAGGCAAACGAUACGACAGCGCCCAGCAAUUAUACGCCGUUCGCCUUGAGCUUGGCGAGCAGCGUGCUCGCUGCCUAUGGCCAAUUGACGGGCAUACUGCAGCGAGAGUUUGCACCGCCAGUGUUGACGCAGUGCCUCAAGUGUUUGGCGGUGUUGGUCCAGGCGACGCCCUUCGAUCAGCUGCAAAUGGGUUUCGUGUACGAGUUUGUGCCGCAUGUGAAGAAGCUGGCACGGCACAUGGACACUGGCGUGAAGGUAUCGGCACUGCUCGUCAUGGAGAUGCUGGUGGCCACCACACGGUUGACCCAGGAGAUUGCCUGCGCCGUCGGUUUGCCGUUAAGUGAACGCAAAGCAGUCGUGGAGAGACAACGCCACAACGUUCGAGCUGCGCCUGAAUUUGAACAGCUCUGCGAUUCCGAGGAGGAGGCGGAGGAGGAGCAAGAGGAACAGGAGCAGCUGCCCAAUCCAGCGACACAGCCGAGCAUACCGCGCAACUCGUGGCUACUGCGACUGGUGCUCCGCUAUCUAGACUGUCCGGGCAGCGCGGCGCCUCUGCGUCUCGAGUGUCUGCAGGUCAUCCUGGCGAUGGCCACACAUUUUGCUCUGCUGCGCGAUCAUCUCGGCCGUCUCGCCGCCGUGCUGAGCGCCGCUCUUGCGGAUCCCUCGCUGGAUGUGCGUCUGUAUGGGGCACGUUGCCUGGACGCCGUCGGCUUUCAGAUGGCGCGCCAGGCGCAGGAGCAACAGCAGACGGAGGAGGAACAGCGGCAGCUGCAGCAACAUCUACUCUUCUGGCAGCGCCUGCUGCAGUCCAUCUAUGUGGCCUACUUGGCCGCGAGCAGCGCCACCCUGAAGUGCGCCCUCUGCGAUGCGCUGUCCAACAUGGGCGUCUGGAGCUUCGAGCGUCUGCCGCAGCCACAACGCAACGCGCUGCUCGCCUUUCUGCUCGGCUGCAGCAGCGACGAUGCCGCGGAUCCUUUGGUGCGUGCAGCGGCGCUGCGUGCUUUGGCUGUCUAUGUGCUGCAGCCAACGUUGCGGGCGGAUCUGGUGUUUGUGGAGCAUGCGGCGGAGCUGGCGCUGCGGCUGAUUGGUGAUCCGCAGCUGGCGGUGCGCAUAAAGGCGGCCUGGGCGCUGGGCAACAUCAGCGAUGCGCUUGUGGCGCCCAGCUUGGAGGCGAAGAAGCGGCAGGAGGAGAAGCAACGGCAGGCGGAGAAGGCAAAGCAGCAGAGGCAGCAACAGCAGCUGGAGGAGGAAGUGGAGCUGGACAUAGAACUGCAGGAAGUGGAGGCGGAGGAGGAGCAAGAGAUUGAGCAGCAGCAGGAGACCGCACAGCAGAAGAAGGAAAAGCAGGAGGAGGAGGAGGAGGAGGAGGACCACGCUCAACUGGAGCAGGAGGAGCACAUCUCGCAGUCGCUGCUCAUGCGGCUGAUCGAGGCCGCCGUCGCCGCGUGCAGCGAUCACGAUAAGGUGCGUGCCAAUGCGGUGCGUGCGCUCGGCAAUCUGCUCCGGCUGCUGCCCAGCGCCGAGCACGAGCUGAUGCUGCGCGCCAUGAGCAAGCUGCUGGAUUGUGUGCGCGCUGCCGGCAGCGCCAAGGUCAAGUGGAAUGCCUGCUAUGCGCUGGGCAAUCUGGUGCGCAAUCGUUCGCUGUUCGCCUCGAGUGGCAGCUUGGCGGGCACACUCUUCACCACGCUCGGCCAGCUGAUUGUGCAGCAUGCCAACUUCAAGGUGCGCAUCAAUGCCACCGCUGUUCUCCUGCAGAUCGAGCAUCGUGCGGACUUUGGCCAACACUAUGCCGGCAUGUGGGCCGCUCUAGUGGCGGCCACCGAGCGAUCCAAUGCACUGGACACAUUCGUCGAGUACAAUCAUCGGGAUGGACUGCAGCAGCAGCUGUGCCUGGCCAUGGCGCAUAUGUUGGCGCGUGCUCGGCCCGACGAUCUGCUCACCUGUCGCCAGGCCAUGGAAUCCCAGUUGGAAGCAAUCAGUGGCACCUGGCGACGUGUCGCCUAUCGCAUUCUGCCCGAGCAGGCGACGGCGCUCUUCAAUUGCGGAUCCAUGCUGCAGCAGCGCUUUGCUGCCAAUGCGCUGACUGGGGAACAGCGCAACGCACUCACAUUCCUCGUUGCUGCACUGCGUCUCGAGAGUUAGCCCCCGAUCGCAUUUAAUCCUCACCAGUUUAUGGCCUUUACUUUUGUCAUACGAAUGCAAUUUUGUAACUCACUAAAUGCACUUUGUGCUUUAAAUAUUUA